AUGAAAAUAAAUAAUCGUCCGAAAGGCACGCGCGAUAUUUAUCCUCCUAAAUCUCUUGCUUACCAAAAAAUACGGCAACUGGUGGAAAUGAUUCUGAGCCAAAACAAUUUUCAACCAAUUAUCAUUCCUACUUACGAAUACACAGAAUUGUUUAAUACUUCAUUGGGUUCAACUACUGACAUUAUUCAUAAAGAAAUGUUUAAUUUCACGGACCGCAAGGGGCGAAAUUUAGCGUUACGACCAGAAGGAACGCAGGGCCGUUACCGGGAAUUUUGGCAAUUAGGAGUAGAGUUAGUUAACGUGGCGGGAGUUAUGGCAGACUACCAGAUAUUAAAACUAAUCCAGGACAUUUUAGAGAGAGAUAAGAAAACCCAAGAAAAGUACAAGCAAGAGUUAAAAAAAUUUUUAGCACAAAAUACACCUAAUUUAUGCUCUGACUGUCAACGAAGAAUUAAUGAUAAUCCAUUACGGAUACUGGAUUGCAACUCAUAUAACGAUUAUUGGCAGCAACUUAAACAAAUUUUAGAAACCAACAAUUUUCCUUUCCAAUACGAUAAUCAUUUAGUGCGGGGCUUGGAUUAUUACACGGGAUUGGUUUUUGAAAUUAAUUUGGGAGCGGAAAAGUCUCUGGUGGGGGGUGGCCGUUAUGACCGCUUAGCCCAAGAACUAAGUGGAGUUAAUUUACCAGCAAUCGGAUUUGCAGUGGGAAUUGACCGGUUAGUAAAUUACUACGAGGAAAAACAUUUAUUGAAGAUCAAUAAAGGAAUCGAUAUUUUUUUCUUAAAUUUUAAUUCAGAUUUUUGA